CGAGCGGGGCGGAAGAGAACGUGGGCGAAGGCAUGACCCUCAAAACCAUCGCUUUCAGCCGCGGCUUUUCCGCGUUGCUGAUCAGCAAUAUCUUAUUAAGCUUGAUCUGCGCAGCAAGGGCCCAACCGGCCGUCCCCUGCAAGGCCCCGCUCCAAUGGGAGGGCCGCACGGUGGAGUACGACCACAGCAGCGGCAGGAAUAUCCGCGCCAUGGUGUCUUAUGACAAUCCCAACCAGCGCCUCCGUAUUCUGGAAGAAAAAAAGAGGUUCAUCCCUUGCAAGAAAUUUUUUGAAUACAUAUAUCUUUAUAAAGAUGCAGUGAUGUAUCAGAUUGAACAAGAAACAAAGCUGUGUUCCAAGAUUUCUUUGAGUGAGCCAUGGGAUCCUUAUGACAUUCCUGACAACUCAACCUAUGAAGAUCAGUACUACAUCGGAGGACCAGGUGACCAAAUUAUGAUCCAGGAAUGGUCUGACAGAAAGCCAGCUAGGAAACUCGAAAAUUGGGUGGGAGUUUACACAGUCAAGGAUUGUUAUCCAGUUCAGGAAACCUACACCAAGAACUACAGUGUGACAACCUCCACUCGUUUUUUUGAUCUCAAGCUUGGGAUAAGUGACCCAUCUGUUUUCAUCCCUCCCAGCACUUGCCAGACAGCUCAGCCAGAAAAGAUGACUUAUGUAUGCUGAUAGUAGAUCUUGGCUUCUACAGUACAUAUGUAAGCUCAAUAUGUAUUAUUAUUAAUUAGCUGCUAAUGUCUAAUGUGACUGUUGCACUUUGCAGAAUGCAGGUUCUAACAGACUAGAAAAAGAGGAUAAACUCAUAUCUUUUGAGGCAUGUUAUUCUAAAUGUGUUCUCAUAUUCUACAACUGUA